UUAGUGUUUUCGAUCUUUCCGUCCAUACAUCCGAACUUUCGUUUCGAGCGUCUGAAACCUGAGCGUCCCACUACACGUAAACUCGCUUGUCACACGUCGGCCCGAUCGACGUACGCGACAUUACAAUUGGCGCCCAACUAAGAGGCCAAGUUCUGACGAAAGCUGUCGCCUCAAGCAAAGACGUCGUCUUCACGUGAGCCAGAACGACCGGUGACACGAUCGCAGACACGACAGAUGUUGAUAUCACGCAAAGUUACAAGAACAGACGAUGAGACUCAGAAGCAAAAACAGGAAACCAAGAUGGCGGAAGAUCAACGUACACGUAACGCCGUUACAUUAACGAACGAACACUUCACGAUGGUUCUACAACAGAUACAGAUAUCUGCCGCAAACGUCCCCGCAACAAACAUCGCGCAACCGCAAGACAAUUUCUCGCAAUGUACCUCGCGUUUUAAUGGGAAAAAAAACGUCUGACGUGAAAGCUUUCAUCGACGCGAUCGUUACGUACAAAGAUUGCACAAAAAUAUCCGACAAAAACGCACUAAAAGAAUUGCCGAUCCUCCUCACGGAUCUCGCCGCGACGUUGUGGCAAGGCGUUAAAUACACGAUUAAUGCGUGAGACAGCGCGUUAGAUCUACUAAAACAAACGUACGGACCUAAAAAACCGGCAUAUCGUAUAUACAAGGAACUUUUUUCUCGCGAACAAAAAGAGAACACAUCGACGGACAUAUUCAUAUGUAAAGCGCGUACAUUACUCUCGAAACGUCCAUAUGACACUCCGUUAGCGGAAAGCAUUCAAUUAGAUAUGGUUUACGGAUUAUUAUCAUACAAGAUUCGGGAGGAAAUACCACGCGAUAAGGUCACUUCGUUCUCAGAGUCAGUAGAUCUCGCGAGGGAAGUCGAAGAAACCAGGGCGAAAGAAGACAAUAAAACGUCGCGCAAACACGAGAACCGCCCGCGUUGUAAAUAUUGUAAAAAUUUUGGACAUACGGUAGACAAAUGCAGAAGCCUUAAAAAGAAACCUGAGGAUAGUUUGAUCGCGUCGAGUAAGAAGAACAAAACGGACGCUGACGCGGACGACACACAAGCAAAUCAACGUCCCCAACCCGCGAUAACUUGUUUUAGUUGCGAAAAUCUCGGUUACCUCCGUAAGGACUGUCCGAAAUGCGCCAAGACGGAUAAAAACAAGAAAAGCGUGGUGAAACCCGAAUUCUGCCUGAUGGACGCGUCUGAAGUACUUACGAAGUAUAAGAGCCGACCGGUUCUCGACGUAGAAAUUCUAGGAGCGAAAGGUACGGGCUUAAUCAACACCGCUGCAAAGAUGAGCGUCGCUGGACAUAGCCUCUACAAAAUCCUUGUCGAAAAGGGACAAAAAUUCAAGAAGACAAAUUUACACAUCAGGUUAGCAGAUGGAAAACGUAUUGAUAACCAAAGUCGACGUCCACGUAGAGAACCGUAAGAUAAGUACCACAUUUCUUGUAAUGCCAUAUGCAGAGAAUAAUUAUGUUAUUGGGCAUGGAUUUUAUUGAGAAAACAAAGAUCAUAAUAAACGUGCCGCAACGCGUAUAGUAUACUUUGCAGACGAAUACGAACCCCACGAGUUGAGUUUCGAAAGCACUAACGAAAUACUUAACACUUUGCAGUUGAAUUACGCCGACACGUUAAGAGACGAUGAAGGCGAAGCUCUUUCGCCGGACCAAUAUAAAAGGCUCGAUGAGAUUUUGGCUAAAUACAAAGAUAUCUUUGCACUAGGGGGUAAGCAAAUGCCAUAUGCUAAACACGCCAUAAAUACAGGUGACCAUGCGCCGAUAGCCACGCCACCGUAUAAGAUGUUGUGCCCCAAAAAGGAAAUUUUGAAGAAGGAAAUAGAGGUCAUGCUCAAGGCCGACAUCAUCGAAGAAUGCGAGUCUCCACGGGCAGCCCUGGUAGUACUCGUACCCAAAAAUGAUGGUACGACGCGAGUCUGAAUUGAUUAUCGCCAAGAGAACGUUGUCACAGAGACAAAUCCUUACCCGAUGCCCUUGAUCGAAUAACUACUACACAGUGCAAAGAGAACGCUUUACAUGUCAACCAUCGACCUCCAUUCGGGAUACUGACAAGUAGACGUGAAACCGGCGGAUCGAGACAAAACCGCGUUCACAACACCGUUCGGUACGUUCCGCUUCAAACGCAUGCCGUUCGGCCUUAAAAAUUCUGGUGCUACUUUUCAGCAAAUAAUGGAUCAAUUCCGAAGAGGUUUGAAGAACAUCACAGUAUAAUACUGAUAUACUUAGACGACAUAAUCGUAAUUUCGACGAAUUUCAAGGAACAUCUGAAGGACUUACAAAAAGUUUUCGAUCGUCUAUGCGAAUUUAAAUUACGAGCUAAGCGAGAGAAGUGCAGGUUUGCAUGCUCACAGAUAAAAUUUCUAGGACACAUAAUCACCGCCGAUGGCAUCAGUCCAGACGACGACAAAGUAGCGGCCAUUCUGAAUCUCGCUCCACCAAGAAACGUGAAACACCUACUUAGGUUCAUACAAACCGCUUCAUGGUUCCGUAGGUUCAUUCCAAAUUUCGCGGCAAUCCAAGCCACUGACAUCGCUAACCAAGAAAAACGCUGUAUGGAUAUGGUCCAAAGAACAGGAAGACGCCUUCAUAGAGUUGAAGAAAGUGCUCACAAAUGCUCUCAUACUCAGAAAAGCGGACGAUAACUUGCCAUUCAUCAUACGGACAAACGCCAGCACCUACGCAAUAGGGGCAAUUCUUGCACAAAGAGAAGGACCCGAUAAAAAUCUCGUAGAAUACACCAGCCGCUUAUUGACCCCAGCAGAACAUAACUACAGUACGACAGAACGCGAAGCCCUUGCAAUCGUUUGGGCCGUCUUGAAGUUCAGAGGCUAUCUCGACGGUGCUCAAAUUAUAAUAGGUACGGACCACCAACCGCUGAAAUGGCUUAUAAGUCUGAAGUCUCCUUCGGAGCGGUUAGCUCGAUAAGCACUGAGUCUCCAGGAAUACGAUCUCAAGAUCACAUACUCCCCGGAAAAAGUAAACGUCGUUGCUGAUACGCUUUCCAGGCCACCGUGUACAGAUUAUAAUGAGAAGGAUUGCGGAAUAUGUACAGUUAUUGACCUACCUUCAAAUAAACCAGCAAAACUAAAGAAAAAGCAACUGUCGGAUCCGGAAGUUAAGAAGAACCUUUGAAUCAAAAAAUGACGUCGACAUCGCGAAUUGGACAUCCCGUGUCAAAUGACGUCCUGUAUCGUUACACGUCUGUCAAAGAUACUGAAGAGGCCCAAUGAGUAGUACCGAAAUGCGCUAUUGGACGCAUCUUGUAUGAAAAUCACGACGCACCUAUGGCAGGACACUACGGAGUAGAUAAGACAUUAAGACGUAUUUUCGACAAGUAUUACUGGCCAGGAAUGCGUAGAGACCGUUAACGAGCAUGUCAGAAGGUGCGCCAAAUACGAACAAUACAAGCCGUCCAAUUUGAAACCCGCUGGAUUAUUGAGGACACCCGCGGCGACUAGAAGAUUUGAGGUACUGGGUACAGAUUUAUCCGGACUUUUACCUAUCACUGUCGAGGGGUACCAGUGGAUAUUCAUCGUUGAAGAUGUUGCAACAAGAUGGAUUGAAAUAUUUCCACUGAGACGCGCUACGGCGGAAGCUUGUGCCAAGACUCUGAUCGACGAAGUUAUACUCAGGUAUGGGAUUCCCCGUCGGGUUAUUUCUGACAACGGGCCUCAAUUCGUCGGAGCAGUGAUGUAGCAAGUGUCUUAUUGUUUGGGGUUCAACCAAUCGUUAACUGCAGUCUAUCACCCGGAAGCAAAUUCUGUGGAACGGAAGAACAGAGACAUAAAGGUUCAGCUCUCCAUCCUCGUAGAAAACGCACAUACUAAAUGGGCCAGCAAAUUACCUUCAAUCAGAUACGCCAUGAACUCCAGCACAUCUCAAGCAACCGGACAUACCCCGGCUUACCUUACAUUCGCGCGCGAAAUGCGUUGUCCGGGAGACGUACAGCGAGAUUUACGUGAGAUCGUAAUCGGAGAAUGUGUCGGAAAUUACGCCCUACUUACAAAAAGGUGCCGAUACUAUGAAGGAAGUUACUGAAACGCACAAACGAGAACAAGACAGACAUAAGACGUACGCAGACGAAGCCAGGAGACCGUCUAUUAAGUUUCAUGAAGGGGACCGGGUUAUGGUCAAAACGCAAGUAUUAAGCAGUGCAUCUCGAAAAGUUACUUCCAAAUUCGCGCCAAAGAGAGAUGGGCCUUAUAAAAUUGCCAAAUGCAUAUCACCCACUAGCUACCAAUUAGCAGAUAACAAUACCGAUAGCCUCCUCUCAGUCUAUCACGCCUCUGAUCUAGAACCUUGGAGGGGAGCCGAGUCAGGAGAUUCCAUUUGCGGGCCGAUUAGGGCUAUCAGGAAACACGGACGACCGAGGAAGGACACGAUGAAUUUACCUCAAGAUGUUGAAUUUUUAACGAGGGCGCCUGACAGAUCUAAAGGGGGAGUCUGUAACGUAACGGGACCCAUAACACGUUCGAAGGGCGCGGUCUUAGGGCAGCGUUAACCGGCACGACGGCGGCGCUACUAGUAAUGAGAAGAGGGAUGGCCCGUAGGAUGGCGUGAGGUUGGUACAAAAGAGGAUCGAGACAAGAGCGCGAGUCAGUACGCGUCGAAAAAUAAAACGAAAUAUAGAGGUUAUUUUCUAAAUCUUAAAAACCAGAGUCAG